AAAUACAUUUAUUCAUCGACUGAGUUUUUUUCUUUAGGUUUUGUCUGAUACACUGGUUACAGUGCCUAAACCUGCAGUUUGCAUUAUAAGAGGCUUUCAAGACCGUACAAGUCAAGGUGGGAAAUAACAGCUAUUGGAAACUUUAGAUGAUAUUUUCUAUAUUUACGUUUUCAUUUAACAUUAUUUAACGUCUAUUAACAUGGUUCAACUGAAUCGCAACUUGCCAAACUGAUCUUACAAAAAUUUCCAGUAUCUGAGAUGGCAUGAAUUGAGUAUGCAGUGUUGUAUCAAAAAUAGACUACAGACUAUCCUAAUUUUCUGGUGAUCUUUCGAUCUGCUCUUCUUAUUUUCAGUAAAGUUACGAAUUGUGUUUUUGUUAGUAAAAUGUUGACGGGGUGAGUACUUCGGUGGGAGGAAUACCGAGCAUGUUUGUGCUCGUCCUUUUGUCAAACAACGUGUGAAGUAUUUUACAAGUACUUUACUCGAGUCCUAUCUUUGUCUCUGAUAUUCCCCAGGUCUUCAAGAGCAAGAAGCAACUCUUUCUACCCUGUGUGAGAAGUACAAUCCUAUAUUUGUCUGUUUGCAUUUUGGUCUGAUAUUGCAGGUGACAGGCUUUUUUACCAUUCACAGAAGUUGAAGAUGCACAAUUGCGCUUUGAACUGCACCAUCAACUGCACCCUGAGUGUCACCAGCACCAUCCUAAAGCUCCAAAAAGUCACAUCUAUACCUACGUUUAUCCUGGGGCUUCUUGUAAACAUCUACGUGUUCGUGAUCUUCUCCCGCCGUCCCAGAAAGGAAUGGACAAACAUGAUGAUCUACAUCACCAACAUGGCCAUCGCCGACAGCGUCGUAUUGGUGAUCCUCCCCAUCAUGACGUAUUACUACAACGUCGAAUUACACAAAGACUUAAUGGUCAUAUGCAACAUUCUUUUGUCAAUUUAUUACGUGAACAUGUACGUGAGCAUCUUCACGGUGACGGCCAUUAGCGUUGUGCGCUACAUCGCUAUCAGGUUUCCGCUAAAAGCGCGGGAAACCCUCUCAAGGAGAAGCGCGCUCGUGGUUUGCGCGCUUAUAUGGCUGGUCAUCGUCUGUAUUUGCCCCGUUUACUUUCUAAAAGACUCUAGCAAUGACAAAACCAUGUGUUUUCAGCGGGUUAGAGAAUCUCUGUCGUUGCAUUUUAUACUUUUGUUGGCUCUAGUCGGGUUCCUCUUGCCGUUUCUCAUCGUGUUGUUUUGUUCCAUCAGAGUCAUUUGUACUUUGAGAAAACAGCUAGAUGUUGGCUUCCGUUUUGAAAAGCUCCAAUGCAUGUUUAUAAUUGCGGCGAAUUUGAUUGUUUUUGUCAUAUGCUUCCUUCCCAUCCACUGUGGUUUUCUUUUAAAGUACAUUGCGCAGGCGCACGAGUUCAGCUGCGACGCGCAGGUGUUCGCCCACAACUUCGUGCACGGCGCGAUGUGCGUUUCCAUCAUGAAUUGCGGUUUGGACAGCUUCAGUUAUUAUUUUGCAUCCAAAACUACGUGGAAUGUAUGUGGCAGGAAUGAAAGAAACGAAAGCCUCUGAAUGAUCUCAUAAAUG